GAAUUUCCCACCCUUCCAUGUAUCCUCUUGACUUCAUCGGUUCAUCCCCAUCUCAAUCAUCCCACCUCAGUCAGUACUGACAGGCAGCCGUUGUUUUCCCUCUAAAUUCUCCCCCCGGAACAGAGCCGCUGUUUCGUUCAUCAGUCAACCAUCCCAGGACGGACUGACUGACCCCUAUUGAAGCUAGCUGAGCUUUAAUGGCGACCGGCGCGGAGAAGCAGGUGAUGGUGGUGGGCAUCGACGAGAGCGACCACAGCCUGCACGCCCUCGGGUGGACGAUCGACCGCUUCUUCUCCCCUUUCUCCCCCAACCAUCCCUUCAAGCUCGUCGCCGUCCACGCCAAACCCUCCCCCGCCAGGGUGGGCCUCUCUGGACCUGCUACCGCGGAGGUGAUUACGUAUAUAGACUCGGAUUUGAAGGCGAUAGCAGCAAGAGUUUCACAGAAGGUGAAGGAAAUCUGUUCUCGUAAAUCGAUUCAAGAUGUGGCAGUUGAAGUUGUGGAAGGUGAUGCGAGGAAUGUUCUCUGUGAGGCCGUGGAGAGGCACCACGCAUCAAUCCUUGCUGUCGGUAGCCAUGGUUAUGGUUCCAUAAGAAGGGCGGUAUUGGGCAGCGUGAGCGAUUACUGUGCUCAUCAUGCUCUUUGCACGGUGAUGAUCGUGAAGAGGCCGAAGAAGAUCCAACAUUGAGGUGCUGCUUCAGUAAAAUUCCUCGUAGUUUGCUAUCGGUGUAUGUGUCUUGUGGAUAUUGCCUGGUUUAUGCAAAAUUAUGAGCUUUUCUAUUGUUGGAAUUUAAAGAAUUGACCCGAAAUGGUAAGGUUUUAGGCUUACUUGGUGGAAUCUCACGAUUAGGGUCUCUAGGGUCGGGCUGAAUGAUCACAUCCUGGAAGAAAAAUAAACACCGGCAGUGGGCCUUGCUACUAGGUCGAGCAAAGACUGCUAUUUCCACGGCACAAAAACCCUCCUCUCGUACUCUCUCUUGUCGGGAGCAAAAAGUCUUUUUUUCGGUCAAUUGAUCGUAGAUUCACUGAAAUUGUCUACUUAUAUUUAGUGGUUAUAUAUUGGAUAUCGGAUCCCACAAA